GAAAAGCCAAUGUGUUCUUCGGCGGCUGCGGGGGAGUUGCUGAGGCCCCAGACCAGAUACGCCUAUCCUGAUGGCCCCCGUGGGCGUGCAGACAGCCUACCACGAGGACGGCGAGAAGGGCGUCGCGACGGCGUGCGCCUCGCUGGGCGUGCCCUUCAUCUACAGCACCGCCGCCAGCACGCCGCUCGAGGCAGUCGCCGAGGCCGCCGACCGGUCCCUCAGCCCGCCCGAGCCGCCCCAGGACAACAACAGCAACAACAACAACAACAGCAGCAGCAAGGACGACGAGAAGGCGGCGGAGCCGGCGCGGCAGCCGCAGGCCCCGCGCUGGUUCCAGCUCUACUGGCCGCUCGACGACACCAUCACGGCGUCGCUGCUCAGCCGCGCGCGCGUCGCGGGCUGCUCGGUGCUGGUGGUGACGCUCGACACGUUCACGCUGGCGUGGCGGCCGCUCGACCUCGACGCGGGGUACCUGCCGUUCGCGCGGGGCGAGGGCAACGCGCUCGGCUUCAGCGACCCGGUCUUCCGCAAGAAGUUCGCCGACCAGUCCGACGGCGGCGCGGUCGAGGACAGCGUCGUCGCCGCGAGCCGGCUCUGGGCGAGCGAGGUCUUCUCGGGCCACGCGCACCGCUGGGAGGACCUGGCCACGCUGCGGCGGCUCUGGGGCGACGGCCCGAUCGUGCUGAAGGGCGUGCUGAGCGUGCAGGACGCCGAGAUGGCGGUCCGGUACGGGAUGAACGGCAUCAUCGUCAGCAACCACGGCGGACGGCAGCUGGACGGGGCCGUGCCGAGCUUGGAGAUGCUGCCCGAGAUUGUGGAUGCGGUGGGCGACAGGUUGACCGUCCUGUUUGACUCGGGCAUCAGGACUGGAACCGAUGUGAUGAAGGCUCUGGCCCUCGGGGCAAAGGCCGUGCUGGUUGGGCGGCCGGUGAUAUAUGGUUUGGGAGCUGCCGGCAGCGAGGGAGCCCGCCAUGUCCUGGCCAGCCUUCUGGCAGACUUAGAUCAGUCGAUGGGCCUGGCCGGAGUGCAGAGUGUGGGCGACCUAAACCGGGCCAUGUUGAGGAGGAUCAAUUAUGGCGGCGAUUUCAAACCGUUGCUCUGACGAAGAGUGAUUGUUUGUAUUGAAGGCCGGGAGGCGGAACGAGCUGGUAUAUAUGCGCCGUGGCCGUCACUUGUCCGCUCUUAUCCCCGACCACAAUCGCAUCAAGAGAGGUUCCCCCAUUGCAUUUCCAAAACAUGGGCUGUUCUUCAGGGCGGCCACUGCACUGUUCCCUUGUAUGGCUCGAAUCUUGAUUGAUCAAGCCAGCUUGCC